AACGCUUUAUUAAUGCCUAGGAAAAGAGAUGGUCAGUGGCAGAGUACGUCAUUGCGACCACUAAUCCAUCCAUCAGUUCUUCUUUGUACAUCCAAUAAACAUGAGUGGUUAUAGUGUGGGAUAAUACCAAUACUAUCGGCGAAUAAAGAUUGGAAUACCAUUAUAGGUGUCAAUGCAGUGUUCUUGCCACUAACUUGAAAAUGAAGAAGUGGUCUGGAGGCACUUUAAUCCUUGCUCUAGCUAUGAUCUUAGUUCUAAGAUACAGCUUCAUGGAAAGCCAUCCACAGAAGCAAUCACCGUUUGGUUUCUUUAAAGAUCUGUCCGAGAAUGGCACUCGCUUGGAGGGAAAUGAUAUCAGCAGACCUGCUCAGCUACCUGAAAUUCUUGAACACUCGAAGAGGCCCCGCCUUAUCUCGGUUGAAGGAGUUGAUGGCUUAUAUUCCUGGUCAGAUAUUUCGGAAGCGGAGUCGAGAGUCAAACUCGUAUGGUCUCAGAUGCAACACUUGAUUUCUAGGUCCGACUCUUUGCCGGAAACAGCUCAAGGGGUUAAAGAAGCUUCCAUUGCAUGGAAAGAUUUAGUUGCUACUCUCGAGAAGGAAAAAUCUUUGAGUGCCAUCAAUAAUAGCCUCUACUUAAAUGAUACUGAGGAUCAGAACUGUCCUUUCUCGUUUAGUGUAUUGAAUUCAACAUCAUUGACGAACGGAAGCCUCAAGUUUCCAUGUGGGCUUGUUCAAGAUUCUUCCAUUUCAAUCGUCGGUAUACCCACUGAACAUAAUGGCAGCUUUCAGAUUGAACUUGUAGGCUCACAACUUCCAGGCGAGCUAGACUCGCCUGUCAUAUUACACUACAAUGUCAGUUUACAAGGAGACAGCUUGAUGCGUGAUCCGGUCAUACUUCAAAAUACAUGGACUGCUGAUCAUGGCUGGGGCGUUGAGGAAAGAUGUCCGGCCAAUGCUGCUUCUGGUAACACAAAAGUUGAUGGACUCGUUCGUUGCAAUGAACAAGUUGGUGGAACUAUCAGAGAUGAGACUGUCAACGGAAGCCAACUUUCUAGUAGGAAGUUGCUUGUCUCCAAAGGAAGUGGUCAUAUUAGUUAUAGCUUCCCGUUCGUUGAAGGGCAUCCGUUCACUGCCACAUUAUGGGUUGGUGUAGAUGGAUUCCAUAUGACUGUGAACGGGAGGCAUGAGACGUCAUUUGCGUAUCGGGAGAGGCUCGAACCGUGGUUGGUUAGUGGAGUUAGAGUGGCAGGUGGUUUGGAUGUCUUGUCUUUCUUGGCAAAUGGUUUGCCUGUCAUUGAAGAUCCGGGUUUAGUUGUUGAUGUCAAGUACCUCAAAGCCCCUCCUGUUCCCAAGAAGAGGCUUCUGUUGCUGGUCGGAGUUUUUUCAACUGGAAAUAAUUUUGAGCGUCGAAUGGCAAUUAGGAGGUCAUGGAUGCAAUAUGAAGCUAUACGUUCUGGAGAUGUGGCUGUACGCUUUUUUAUUGGCCUUCACAAGAAUGGGCAAGUCAAUGUAGAGCUGUGGAAAGAAGCUCAGAGAUAUGGUGAUAUCCAGCUGAUGCCUUUUGUUGAUUAUUACAGCCUGAUAACUUUGAAAACAAUUGCCAUAUGCUUUUUUGGGACUAAAAUUCUCCCCGCCAAGUAUAUAAUGAAAACAGAUGAUGAUGCAUUUGUUAGGAUUGACCAAGUUCUCUCUAUACUCAAGGAGAAAAAGGUCUCUGAUGGUCUCCUGUAUGGGCUCAUAUCCUUUGAUUCAACACCACACAGAGAUAAAGACAGCAAAUGGUAUAUCAGCGAAAAGGAAUGGCCGCAUGCUUCAUACCCGCCGUGGGCCCAUGGUCCGGGGUACAUCAUCUCCCGAGACAUUGCAAAAUUCAUUGUUCAAGGUCACCAAGAAAGAAAUCUCAAGCUCUUUAAGCUAGAAGAUGUCGCGAUGGGAAUAUGGGUUGAGCAAUACAAGAAAAGGGGUCGAAAAGUACAUUACAUGACCGACGAUCGGUUUCACAACGCGGGCUGCGAAUCUGACUACAUUCUCGCUCAUUAUCAAGGUCCUAGAUUGAUGUUGUGCCUUUGGGAGAAGCUACAAAAGGAGCACCAGCCAAUCUGCUGUGAGUGAUUUUUGUACAUUGCUAGAUCAUUAUUUUGGAGCUUGAGAUAUAUUUCCACCUUUGAGAAAUGUGCGGUUUGAAUCAAGCAACAGGAAUUUCGAAGCAGAAGAGAAUGUCCAUUUCAUUCAAAUUCAAUGACUUUUUGUGACGAAGUAUCCAAUAUCCAAUACUAAUCUGUAAGUUAUAGAGCUUAA